GUCAGCUCAACUGUAUCAGCUUGUGAGUUAGUUCUCCAGAGCAAAGUUUACAACAGAAUAACAAGCAUAUUUGAGCAGCUGGUCCAACAGGUGAAUUUGCAAAGAUGCGUCGACAGGACCUUUUGUCUAAAACCCUGGCUGCACACAAGUUGAUGGCUCCCCCAAAGCCUUUAAGAGCAAUUUGUGAAGCCAGCUCCUCCUCCGAGUCGUCUGACGAAGUAUCGCAAGAUGAACCUGAUGAGUGCGCGGCGGAGCCCGAGUUCCCUGGGCUGUGGGACCAUAAAUAUGAGUUACCCCCGCAGCAGACAACUCUGCCUUUUUUCACGGAAGACAAACCCGCCAUGACUAAAAAAGUUUGUGGGGGUAAAAUGAAAGGACCGCCAUUCGCCAGCAAACCGGAGGUCAUCGUGUUUAAGGACUUUGACUUGGGAAAGAGUUAUAAGAAAAAAGUCAUCCUUAAAAACAUCAGCUACAUCACCAACCAGUGCAAGCUGGAAGGCGUCUUCGGUCAAAUGAGAGAUUUUGUUUCGAUCAACUUUGACCCGCCAGGCCCGCUGUCGACCGGAAAAUCUUGUCGAAUGGUGGCCAUUUUCAAACCCAAGAUCAAUAAAAACUUGGAAGGGGAAGUCAGGUUUUCAUCAGCACUGGGCCCCUUCUCUGUUCCUGUCAGGUGCACCAUCAAGAAAUGUGAGCUCAAGGUGGACAGCCAGUUUGUGGACUUCGGCUCACAUGUUGUCGGCCAGAUCCUCACACGGUCCGUCACCUUGACCAACAGCGGUGCACUGGCGAGCCUCUUCCGCCUGGACACAUCCACCGGUGUGCCAGUAGAAGGUGACACAACACCUGAUGAAAUUCCAGCUGACAACUGCGAUAUAAGUCUAGGAAAUGUAAGAGAAGGAGAGAUUGGACCCUUUGAAAGUAUCAAACUGCAAAUCUUUUUCACCCCAACUAUCCCUGGAGAGGAACAACUGGACUUCAAGAUUGAGUUCUCUGACCCCAACUGCAUACCAAUUCCCGUCAAGGUGAGAGGCCUUGCUAUCAGUCUGCCAGUGUGGGUGGUUCAGCCUAGUGUCGACCUGAAGAUCUGCAUGUACGAUUCCCUCUAUCAAGAAAUGAUAUUAAUACAAAGCAGGGCCAGCACGGUUCUGACCCUGACCUUUGACAUGUGUGAGGAAAUGAAGAAACACAUGGAGAUCUUACCAAAAACUGGCUUCAUACAGGCUCAGUCAAGCUUUGAUGCCCACCUGAAGUUCCUGCCCAGACCCUCCUUAUCUGAGGAUGCUGAGAAGUAUUUUGACAAAGAAACUGGAGUUUUGGAGGUUCCCAUGACAGUCCGAGUCGCAGGCCAGGUGAAGCCCAUCCGUUUCACCGUCCAGGCUGUUGUGACCACAUCAGACCUGAAGUUUGAUCACACUGAGCUGGACUUCGGCUACUGCUCCACUUACCAGUCGCUCAAAAGCACCGUGCAGCUGACCAACUUGUCGCUUCUAUCUCAGGAGUUUGGCUUUUUGAAUAUCCCAGAGUUCAUAGACAUCCAACCUAACGAUGGAUUUGGAAUCAUCCUGCCGCAGGAGACACUGAAGAUUGAUUUAAUAUUCAGUGCCAAAAAGGCAAAGGAAUAUAACUUCCAGCUUACUUGUAAAUCUAUAAUGAACAGAGAGUUUCGUCUGUCUUGCCGUGCAGUCGGGGUCCACCCACCUCUGGAGCUUUCCCAUUCCCUUGUUCUAUUCGGUGCGACCGCAGUGGGAGACAAAUCCACUGCUCUGCUCUACCUGAGCAACCUCUACUCUUGUUCCAAACAACCCUUAUCUUCUGAAGCGAGGGAGGCCUUGAAAACAGCGACCCCGAGGCUCUUCUCUUUCACCCCACCCGAGAAUUCAGACAUCAGAAUAUCUCCUUCUGCUGGACGCCUGCUCCCUGGAGAGAGAUGUCUGUUGCAAGUCACUUUCAGUCCCAAACUGGCUGAACAAGACAUAGAAGAUAAAUUUCAGCGCCUUCUUCUCCAAGCCAAGCCACACAUUGACACUGAAUUGGAGAAGACCAAACCAGUGGAGCCGGAAAUUAAAAAGGUGAUUCAACCGGAGAGCAAAAAGGCACCCAAAUCUUCCAAUUCAAAGACGACCAAAAUGCCAGAACCUGUCAAGCCUGAAACCGUCCAUGAAUCCCCCAAAUCUGUUGUAAAAGUGCCUCGAAACACUGAGCUGCUGGAAGAGGCACGUCUCUCUCUGCUGACGUCCUUCACUCAGCAUUGCUCCGAGUACACAGUUCCCUGUAUAGUCUCUGAUGGAGACCCUCCAGUCGAAGACAGAACUGCUCAACCAGCAUGGAAGUCCCACAACACGCUGUUCUUGAGGCUGCAGUGCCCAGCUGUUCGACCCUCCUUAGUAGUUGUGUCCAGUGAGUCUCACAACGUUGUUGAUUUUCACCUGGUCGCAGUUGGAGAGAAAAAGAUCAAACGACUGACUGUCAAGAAUAUAUCUACAGAGCCUUUGGAGCUGGGUUCAUCGCUACUCGACCUCUAUGGACCCUUUUCAAUUCUCAAUGCUCUCAGAGAGAUUGGACCUGGAGAAGAACUCACUCUGAUUCUGGCCUUCUCUCCAGCCGUUCAGAACAAGUAUUCUGAGACUCUAGAAAUCAGAUGCAAAACAAUGACCCUCGAAGUGACUCUGCUGGGUAACGGGGUCAAUCACGCCGUGUCCUGCUCCCGUCCUGGAGGUACUUUAGACUACGGGUAUGUGCUGGAGAAAGAGAGUCUCUCGCAAGCUCUGAAGCUGAAAAACACUUCGACUGUUACAGUAGGUUUCAAAGUACUUCUUGCCAGCCUCGCUACCUGCAGUAAACAAGUGGAGGUGGACAAGGUUGCCUGUCUGCUUGACACUCAGAUCGAGCCCAUUGUGGGAACCCAGAACUACAGCGGUUGUAGCGUGUUCACUGUGAUUCCAAUGGAGGGAACCAUCGAACCAGGAGAGGGCCAGGAUGUCAUCAUCACCUUCCAGCCGGACCACCCCUGUGCAAAUUACUCCGACAGACUUGUCAUCGAGCUUUCGAAUGGGAGUAAAUUAUGUGAGAUCAAACUGAAAGGUGCAGCCUCGGAAAACAACAUGUAUAUACAAGGAGCGGACCGGCUGACGGUGCCGGUUGAAUCACUGGUGUCACCGGAGAUUUUGUUCAGCCCUCUCCAACUCAGAGGGACAGAGAUGACAGAGAAACACAUCAUACUGGUGAAGUUGCUGGCAAGCUUCAGCGACGGGGCCAUCACGCCGGCGCGGAGAGAGCUGAGGGUGGGUUGCAUCAAAUCCGCUCAGACGAAGAAGAGCGGCGAGUUUAGCUGGGAUAAUGUGGCAGCAAUCCAGCAGCACGGCUUCUCCAUACAUCCACUGAGAAGCACAGUGGAGGCCGGUUCUAGUGUCCUCAUCACGCUGUCAUGGACCCCACAGACGGGAUACAAGCCCAACGAUGUUGUGCAGAUGUGCGUGUCUCUUACAGUAAAGGGGGAAGAGACAAAUGUUUACAACGUGACCCUGAUGGCCUUGGUGUCGGCUCACUGACUACCACGCAGGUUCUUGCUGGUAAACUCGGCCCUUGCUCACUCACACAUGCUUUUACAAGCAAGUUCUUCAUGCUUCUGUGACAUUCACCACAAAUGACCAAAGCUUACCAUAUUAAAAAAGGGUGGCGUGUCGAUACUUCAUUUUUUUCCAGUAGGGGGUGCAAAUGAGUCACAAAGUCUCCGCCGUGGUUUAUUUAACAAAUAAAAAUAUUACCUCUAUCUUAUAAAUACAAAAAUAAAAUAAAAUAGUAACUAUUUUUGCUGCAUAUAUUGUUUUAAUGUGUUUUAUAGAGGACUGAAAAAUGUUGAAAUGUCUCCAAUAAAAACCUAAAAUGGUUCACAGUUGUUCCACUCUGAUGGUGUUGGGUCUGACAAAUCACUUUUUUUUCAGACCAAUUAUGCCACAUCCACAGCUGUGAUCAGUUAGUUAUGUUUCCAGUGGUCCACGAGGAUCUGAGAUACACGCUGUAAGCAUUUAUCACAGAUUGUGGGAGAUUAUGCUAAAUCAGAUUACUGCACUACAACCUGCCUGUGAAACGCAAGGUCAUUACUGGCUUAGCUUUGUGUAGUGUUUUAUGAAAUGCUUGUAAGAUGAUAAUGGAUGAUAUUUUUUUUCUAUUUUUUUUCUAAUCUGAUUGCUCCACUGAUCUCUUUUAAAUGCUGUGGGAUUGAGCCACUUACGCUGCAGGAUGCGCGGACAGUUUUGUGUCUGUUCUCCUGCCGGCUACUGAAUUAUUAAAUAACUAUCGUGAAGUGAGGAAGAGAUCAAACGUAACCAGGUCAGGUUUCCUGGCUCCAGUUUACUCACACUUACAUCCUGACCUGAGCGAAGACAGAACCUGCAGAAUAUUAUGUUUCCACCCUCGUCGUUGGGGUGAGAGUCGGCAGCAAGCUGCUCCCCAGAGGAGCUUCACAACACUUGUAUGCAGACAGGUAGGGGGCGUUACCAGGGGAGACCAAAUCUCUCCUGCAUUAACCUGGCCCCAUGAAUCUCAGUGGAAACUCACUACCACAACUGACUCAGUGGAUUGAUGAAGCAAGAAGGUCCUUUCAUUGUGUAAAAUCAGAGGUGCUUAUAAAUCCAUGGUGUUCAAUAAGUAGGUCGAUUAAAAGCAUUUUUUUGUUUCUCUAUUUGUGGCCCAAUGUUUCCAUUUAGUAUUUAUAUCAUUAAAAUAAAAGGGUUCUUUCCACAGUAUUUUUCCCCAUCAAAUGUCUCAAAAUAGGAAAAAAAUUAUAAUUUAUGUAAAACAUUUCCAGUCUCAUAAAAUAUGAUCCGAAAAUAGGUGGCUCAAAUUUGCUUUUUAGCGCGAAGUAAAUACCCUCCAUAGCAGGUGAUGCUGUUGUCUUCCCCCAUCGGGCCGAGACCCACACUCUUUACUUUCCCACGAGACAACAAAGUGUUCCAUGUCUCCAAGUAACGCAUUAACCCAGCGAGCAUUAACCCCUCCUCUGAGCACUCUACCUAGACUACUGCUGAUAAUGAUCGAGUCUUCUCCACGCCGCAGCCACAGUCCACCCACAAACACUCACGGAGGAAGUCAAUCCCCACAGAGUUCUUCGACAAGAGCGUUCUUAUCAUCUGUGCUGAUGCUCUUUUGCCAAACUAAGCUUUUAGAUUGAACAGCUACUGAACCAAGUACAUUAGCAGGUCAAGUCUCUGACGUCGACUCUUAAAAUGUACGACCCCGCAUCCAGUACUUGGUUUUAUUCACUAAGAGGAAUGUUUUCUUUUGUUUCGCAGUGCUUUUGCGUCAUAUUUGAUCACGCCAUGUUGCCAAACAAAACAAAUGUGGCUCAGUUGUAGUAGGCAAAUUUGAGGUUGCUUUGCAAACAAGCUUCAACCAUUUACUGUCGCGCUGCUGCUCCACUUAGUGUGCAGUUGUGGAGCAUUUGCCUCUAACCAAAUGAGUUGGCAGUAACAAGUUACGACUGAAGAAUGUUGUUUAUUUAAAUAAACUUCCAUGCGAGGAGGACUAAAUAAGUUUCUCCAUCAACAGGCCAUGUUUGAAUACAUUCAAUGUUGUAUUUAUCUUAAGGUUACGACCCUCAAUCUGUUUGCAGUCUGGCAUUAUUUUGAGGGUUUUCCUGAAAUUUCUGACACAAUAGUAUCAGAAAGUCCCAGAGAUCAUGUCCAAACAUGGCUGCCGUUGUUUCAAGCAUAAAUAUACAGGUGUAUUUACACUAGAGCUGGAACGGUCACGACAAAUCGAUUAGUCCCCGACUGCUGAGGCUCCGGGACCAUCACACUACUUUGAGUAAUUGAAAUGUUAAGCUGCAAAACGUCACUUAAACACUGAAGUGUGACAAUACAACAUUACAAUCGGACCAGUCAUGUGAUUGUCAACCUGUGUGUGGCCAAAAAAAAAAGUUGCCCCCUGGAUUUAACUAAGCAAAUAGGUCAGUUGGUCAGGUCUAGGUUCAGCAACAUUAUGUGCCCAAAGAAUGAGGUCAGAUGACUACCUGAAUAUACUGAAUGACCAGGUUAUUCCAUCAAUGGAUUUUUUUCUUCCCUGAUGGCACGGACAUAUUCCAAGAUGACUAUGCCAGGAUUCAUCGGGCUCAAAUUGUGAAAGACUGGUUCAGGGAGCAUGAGACAUCAUUGUCUCACAUGGAUUGGCCACCACAGAGUCCAGACCUUCACCCCAUUGAGAAUCUUUGGGAUGUGCUGGUGAAGGCUUUGCGCAGCGGCCAAACUCUACCAUCACCAAUGCAAGAUCCUGGUGAAAAAUGAAUGCAACACUGGAUGGAAGUAAAUCUUGUGGCAUUGCAGAAGCUUAUCGAAACAAUGCCACAGCGGUCCAACAAAAUAUUGGUGUGUAUGGUGUGUAUGACCCUUUUUUUUUGGUGGCGAUUUUUUUUUUUUUGGCCAGGCUGUGUAUGUCAACAAGUUGACUUGUCCUGACCAGUCAAUACGGUGGUCAUUCAUUAUUACAACUGACAUAUUUUUUUAUGUUUUCUCAUGACUACUGCAGUAUAAUAACAUUGUUAUUAUCAUCUGUUCAAAUCAUUCACCGACAAAUUGCUCAAGUAGUCUGUGACUAAACUGGUUAGUUGCAGUCCUAGUUUAAAAUUGCCCAAUGAUUCAAGACUUCUAAAAGUACUUUUGAAAAAUACAGAAUACAUGCAAUACAUUAUUGCUAUGUUACCUGUAUGUUGAAGACUUUAACAAACACUAUCACGACUACUGUGCUUUUGUAUUUGAAUACAGCAAACAGAGAUGGUGUUUGCUCUUCAAAUAAAAUCACGAU